AUGGCAAAAUUCUUAGCGACCGUCAAAGCGAUCAUCACACGACUGGUUUUCGCCUCGCACGGUUUCAUAGCCAUCUGGCAAGUGACCACGUUCAAGAAGAAUCCUCUCUUCUGGUACCUCAGCUGUCCAAUCCUGCUGCUGUUCUUCGAGGGCAUCUUCACGCUCACCAUAAAGGAGAACCAAGAAUGGAAAUGGUUCUGCCCUUCGGUGUUCCUCUACCUGAGUAGCGUGGUACCAGCGAUAUGGCUUUUGGAGCUGGACAAGGUCGACAGGAGGCUGAAAGCUUUCGAGACCAAUGCCAACAUAUCAGAGAACCUAGACUUAACAAACCUGGCGGCGGAGGAUUUGAAGAACUUGGAGAAAGCUUUGGGCGUGAACAUACACCUACCAGACAUCCAGAUAUCGACGGAAACUUGGGUGACCUUGAUAGAGCAGUUUCUGAUGUUGAUCCUGAUCAUUGGAAGAUGGAUGUUACCAAAGGGCGAACUGACACGUGACCAGCUGAGUCAAUUGCUGUUGGUUUACAUUGGAACAGCAGCUGAUAUUAUAGAGUUCUUCGAUUCCUUCAAAGAAGACAGGAUAGCGCGGGAGCCUGUGUUGGUUUACUUGACUCUGGGCAUCUGGGCAUGGUCCUUGAUGCAGUUCACGGUCGUUCUGACCGCCACCAAGUCCAGAAAAUCUCGCCUGUCAUCGGGGAACGCUGUAAAAAAGAGGGUUCAGACUGAGACCAGUUGCUGUAGCAUAGACGUCUGGGGGAUUGCUUUGAAUAUGCUUCUCCAGGAUGGUCCGUUUCUUGCCUUUCGACUGAUCCUGAUCACCCACUACCGUAUAGUCAGCUACAUGAACAUUUUCUUCACCUGCAAGAACACUCUGGUAAUACUGCUGCAGCUCUACAGGCUGUACGUGGUGCAAACGGAGAACAAAAGCAAGAAAAAGAAGCCAGAGGUGGCUAACAUUAGCAUCAUAUCGAGGGGAGACGUGUAUAAGGAUGUCAGGAGUAGAAAAAUGUGCGAGGAGAGAAAGAAGAAGAGGAGGAGGGACAAGGAUGUGGAGGCUCACUAUUCGGAGAGUGAGGAGACCACAGAGGAAACUGACAAAUUUGAUUCCUCCCCUAGAAACACUGGUCGUUCCAAACGGAAGGCCAGACAGGACACCGGGUACUCCACAUCCAGUUCGCGCAACUCUGGCAGGCACAGUAAAUCUCAGAAGAGCAAAAGAUCUUCACGCAGAGAGGAGGCCAAGCACGAAGCUACCUCUGAUGAUGAGAGACGCAAGAGGAAACUUGACAGGAAGUCAUCAGAGAAAGGCGACAAGAAGUAUUCUGACAGUGGCAAGUCCAAGGCCAGGAACGAUGAUUCCAGCAAGAGUUCCAGUAAAAGCAGGAAGACCAAGGAAGACAGUGAGGACGAGUCCACGACUGAAGAGGUGGCAGAUAAGACUAUUAGUGAGGGUAGUGAAACAGAAUCUGAAGAAAAGAGGUAUGCCCACAGGAAACGAAGACAGAACAGGGACUGA